ACAAACAAACAAAGAAACAAACAAAAAUGAACCAGUAAGUGCGUGCAAAGACAUUGAUGGGAAUGUUUCGUUCACUUUGCUCUAAAAAAAAUCGAGUCCAGAUUUAUAUAACCCCGCCUUCAGCACGCUCAUGUGUCUCCCAGAGACAAGUGCGUUUUGACGCUGAAACCGAGCACACUCAGCGGGACUGAAGCCUUGGAUCUAGAGUUUAGGAAAACUGAGCCUUUAGGAAUCCAGCACGGUGCCUGUCAACUCUAUAUGCAACUCCAACCAUCUUACUGCGUUCAAACUACUCGAGUAAGGGAGGAGCCGCUCGAAUCAACUCCAGUUUAAAUCUUAUCAGAAGAAACCAGCGCCCAACUGCUGCUACUGCACAGCUGCUCCUCUGAGGUGAAUUAAGUUCUUCGAUCCAGACGAAUUGGCGAUAUAACAGCGACGCGAUGGGUGACUUGAUAUCAACUCACCUGGAUGAAGGCAAACGGGAGGUUAUAACAGCACGAACAGGGGAGCUGAUGGGAUAUUUUGGCCGGCUAUAUGAACAGCAGUAUGCCGUUGCUCUCUUUAACCAGAUGCGCUAUGACGUAGAGGGUGGAGGAGGCCCUCAGCCUCAGCUUCUGCACAGGAAGGUGCCUCUAAAGAAUAAGUCCAUCUUUUCAGGGCCUUUGUUUCAGUAUCUAGAAGAGAACAAAAAAUGGAGGAAUCGUUUUCUCUUUAUUCCUGACUCCUAUAACAUCAACUAUUAUGAGAACAAACAGGCCCAUGACAGAGGACUGCAUCCUAAAGGCACCAUUAACUGUGCUGGCUACAGGGUCUUGACCUCUAUGGAGGAAUAUCUCGAGCUUCUUAACACCAGCCUACCAGGUGUAAAAGCUAAAGUUGGCAGUUCUCCAUUUCUGAAAUGUGCGACACAGUUUCCCCUCAUCCUCUGGCACCCUUAUGCUCGCCACUACUAUUUCUGCAUGGUGACCGAGAAGGAGCAGCAGAAGUGGAACGCCGUCUUUCAAGACUGCGUCCGACACACCAACAAUGGACUGCCUGAAGAAUGUAAAGUUCAGACCCCGGCAUUCACAGACGCAGUUCGACUUUAUCGCCAGGCCCAUGGUCAUUAUGGAACCUGGGACAUGAUGUGUGGGACGCCUCCACAGAUCCUCGCCAACUUAGUCAUGGAGACCCUCCUCCCUGAGAUGAGAGACCUCAUCACUCCCAAACUGAAGGGCAAGAUGCAUGAAAGACAGAGGAAUUGGAUGUUGAUAUCAGAUGCAGUGUAUGGGCUGGUUCAGAGCCAGGCUCAGGCGCAAUAUGAAGCAGUAGUGCAGAGAUGUGAAGCAGGACGCCCCCCACUCGAAUCCACCAUCCGCACGGACAUGGACCAGAUCAUCACUUCCAAAGAACAUGUGACCAGCAAAAUAAGAGCUCUUGUGCUGCCUAAGGCAGAGAAGCUUCUGAAGGUGAGCAUCCAGCCGUACAUCAGCUCAAUCCUGGAAGCACUGAUGGAGCCCACCAGCAGAGGCUUCUUCGAGGUGCGAGACUUGUUCUUCAGAGAGCUGGUGGACAUGAGCAAGAACCUUCUCAAUGAUGGCAACAAGGAAAAACUCGGGGAGCACAUGGAGAAGAUCUCCAUGCUAGCCUUCCAUCCAGUAAAGAUGCAGAGCUGCUAUGAGAAGAUGGAGACUCUGAGUUUAGAGGGACUGCAGCAGCGCUUUGACGUUUCCAGCCCCUCUGUGUUUGUCCAGAGAGCCCAAAUCCUAAUGCGAGAGCAAAUGGACGAUGCAGUGUACACAUUUGAGCAGCUCCUGCACCAGAGUUUGGAAGGCCAGGAAGGGGAGGAUCUCUGUAAAACUAUCCAGCGCUGUCAGGAUCGUGUCAUCAAGAAAUUUGACUAUGACAGUAGCACAGUUCGUAAAAAGUUCUUCAGAGAGGCUCUUCUGCAGAUAUUCAUCCCUUACAUGCUGAAACAGCUCUCCCCAUCAUGCUCCGCUGAACUCCCUCGUUUCCGGGAGCUAAUUUUUGAGGAUUUCUCUCGUUUCAUUUUGGUGGAGAACAUCUUUGAGGAAGUGGUGCUGCACACGGUGAUGAAAGAUAUAAUGAUGGCUGUGAAGGAAGCAGCCGUCCAGAGAAGACACAACCUGUACCGAGACAGCAUUGUUUUGACCAACAGCGACCCUAACCUUCUCCUCCUGGGGGAGAACCCUCCUAUCGACUGGGCUGAGGAGUAUGGAGGAAUCCAAGAGGAGGUGGACGGAGAGAGCGCGGGAGAUCAUGAGGCUCAGAAGAGACGCAGAAUAAAGCAGGUGGUCUCCAUGAUCCAGUUGGAAGGCACUACCUCAGUGCUGCCCAACGAGUCGUGCCUGGAUGUGCCUGCCGUGGAGAAUAUUCCAGAGGAGGAGACUGAGGUUCGUUCAAAUGCCUCAUUAUCCCAAAAGUCAGAGAAGCAAGUGCCCAACGGAACCAAAGAGGAUUUGAACAGAAAUGCGGUUGAGGAGAAACCACCAACAAACAGAAGUACACUAAAAGAGGAAGAAAGCACAACAGAAAAGUCACUACAGGACACAGCCUGUGUAGACUGUGCCAUACAGGAAAUCAAGAACACAGUACAGGAAGAGGAACAUGAGCUCAGGACACAGAAAGCUACAGAGUCAUCAUCAUCCUCAAAAGAGGAAACUACAGCUGAGGAGGUAGAGUCCAGCCCAAAUUGCCAAGAAGGGGCACGGCUAAACCAAGCAGACACAAACAAAGAUACACCUUCAAGCACAGGGCAGAAGCCUUUGGAUUCACCAAUAAGGGAAGUGGAAGCCAUGUCGCCAUCGGAACAACAGGAAAAUCACAUUACGGCGAGCACUCAAGACUCCCACAUGGAAAAAACCAUCGCUUCAUCACAGCACGAUGACCGCGGAUUCCAGUUGCCCACUAAUGAAGCAGAAGGGGAGAAGCAUCAUACGGUAAAGGAGGAGUGCAGUCACUCCGAAACGGAUGAGGACACUGGGAAGGGAGAAAGUGCACAUAUGGAUCGCCAGUGAAAUAUUAAUAACUCUAUUCAUUUGUUGUGUUUGUUCCUUUAAACAGUAAGUAAAUGCAUCAUCACCCACUGGUCUUAAAAGACUUUUGAACGAGUUGACAGGAGCUUUUUUUUGUCUCACUACUCUUGACUGCAUAGACAUUUAUUGUCUAUUUUAACAUCUUUGUCUUUUUUAAUUUUUUGCACUUAAAAAAACGUUACUCUCAGAGCUGGGCUCAGUUAUAUAAACACAUCUUAGUUCAAAAUGUCUUCAUCUUUCUCUUCAUAAAUAUGAUAUCCACUUUGAUUAGAAACAUCAGUUGCUAUUUUAGUAGCUUUCAUUUCUGUGUCUGGUGCAAAAUAAGCGACUACAGAAGCAUGAUGCUUUUGAUGCAGUGGAAACCAGGCCACAUUAUGUCGAUAGUUUAUGGUGCCUUAUUUAAAUUCGUCACAUCUGAUGCCUAUUGCUUGUGAUACAGUACCUGCAUUGCCAGAAUUCAAACUAUAAAGACUGAUUUUUUUUAGGUCUGUUUUAUGCUUAUUUUUUCAAAAUGACACAAGGAAGUCAGAGUUUUGUGCAUUUACCUUGUGAACAGCUACUCGCAGGAACGCCAAACAAGCUGCUUCUAGUUUAAGUGUUGCUUACAUUGGUGCAGCUGGUACAGUAAGCAUUAUUUUCUUAAACACUGCCAUCGGUUGUUGUUAUUUACAGAAGUAGCUUCAUUGUUGUUGGGUUUUUUUUCUUCUUUCUUCUUUACCAGUUCAAACUAGUACAACUGACCAUUUUUUUUCCCAUUGGUAAUUUUAUUUCCCUAUCUUCUGAAUCGCACAUACACUGUAGUAGUUUUAGAUAAUACAUACAGCGUAGGUUGUGGGUCCUAGGGGAGAUAUGCGUCAUGUUAGAUAAGAAAUCACUUUUAAAAAGGGGAAUCCACUAAAUGAGAACAAUCCAAUGCAUAUUCACAUUAGUACAACACCACUGUUAGGGAACCAGCAAGUUAUGUUAAGUAUUGUAUUUCAAAUUGAAAUGACAAGCAAAUUAUUGAUGUGCAAAAUGUGUUUUCUAUAGCAUCUGACAGCUUCCAGUUUUCUUUCUUCUUGUUUUUAAAGUACAGUUUUAUCUAUGAAAUGUCAACUGCUUUAAAUUUUAAUGAAUACAAUUGGAUAUUUUUAUUUAUUAGUUACAGCACAUGGUACUAUAUUGAAUCUUAACCUUUUAUGUAUCCUGCACAAAACCUUUUUUUUUUUCAUUGUUAUAUUUUGGAAAAUAAACAAUAAUUACAUUAUCACUGA